UCGCGUUCAGUACAACGACGCGCCUUGUAUCUGAAAGUUCGCUCUCGCAGUACGGAUACGGAUACAUUUGUGAACUGGACUGGGAUUAACGCUAAUUCGUUUUUGAUUGCCGCCAGGGGGGAUCGUCGCCAAUGGACCGAUACCGAUGCAAGGCAGCUGCUACUCCUCUCUGACGAAGGAAACCGAAUACCUCCAGCUGGGUGAUAUCCUCGCCAGUCGCAAACAAGAACAACAGGGGCACACGAUCUCAUCGGAGGAUCACAAAGGGCUCGUGCCAUAUGAACCAGGGGGUUGUUGAUAUCGCCUCCUAAAAGAAGUACCGACUCAUGCUCAUGCGGUCGGUUGUCGAGACAAAGUGAUCCUGGCGCAAGGAGCAGGACGAGCCGCUUAUCAGCCAUGCAUGGAAAUCGGGGUGGCUGAGGGUUGCAAACACGCGUUCUUAUCUUAAAGCUUAGGCUGUCGGGAGGGUGUCGAAAUAGAGCAGAUGUGCAAACAACGGCCCCGAUGACUGAUGACUGACGAAACCCAGCAAUUACACCUUGAAGGGAGGCGAUAAUUUCCACCGAACGACGCGUGCGCGGCACACUUGGAGAUCCUGAACAGGAGCAACUCUCGCCUGGGCACUCAGAUUCGGGAUCUAAUUCGAAGGAACCAAAUUUUCCAGUAUUAAAAUGUCGGUGGAUAACAGCUUGGGAAUCCUAGACUUCAGUUUGCCUAAGGAGAGUGAAAAAACAGCAAUGACAGCAGCAAACAAAUACAAAACGUCAGACAAGGAGAACGACCCAGAUCCACACCUAAUGGGCAUUGUCACCACCGGGGCCACGGCCCAGCCAGCCACGCCCACAUCGGCAACUGCAACUGCAGCGGCACUACCGCCCACGUCUGGUCUAUCAGCUGGACAGGAUGUGGCAGACGGUGGGGGCAGUUGUGGCAACACGGAACUCAAGUUCCAGUCGUACGUGAAUGGCAAUGGCAAUGGGGUGUACAAGAUCAUCAAGACACUGGGCAAGGGCAACUUCGCCAAGGUCAAGCUGGCGAUCCAUGUGCCCACCGGUCGGGAGGUGGCCAUCAAGGUGAUCGACAAGACCCAACUGAACACAAGUGCUCGGCAGAAGCUGUACCGCGAGGUGAAGAUCAUGAAGCUGCUGAACCACCCGAAUAUUGUGCGCCUCUUCCAAGUGAUCGAGUCGGAAAGGACCCUCUACCUGGUGAUGGAGUACGCCAGCAGGGGCGAGCUCUUCGAUCACCUGGUCAAGAAUGGAAGGAUGCGGGAGCGGGAUGCCCGGGUAAUUUUCCGGCAGCUGGUGUCCGCCAUCCAGUACUGUCACAGCAAGUUUGUGGUACAUCGUGAUCUGAAGGCGGAAAACCUUUUGUUGGACCAGAACAUGAACAUUAAAAUCGCGGACUUUGGUUUCGGCAACACCUUUGAUCCCAAUGCCCAACUGGAGACAUUCUGCGGAAGUCCUCCAUAUGCAGCCCCCGAACUAUUUAUGGGCAGAAAGUACGCAGGACCUGAGGUGGACGCCUGGUCGCUGGGAGUGGUGCUUUAUACCCUGGUUAGUGGAUCUCUACCCUUCGAUGGUGGCACCCUAAAGGAGCUGCGGGAACGAGUCCUCCGUGGCAAGUACCGUGUGCCCUACUACAUCUCCAUGGACUGCGAAAACCUGAUGAGGAAAUUCCUAGUUCUUAAUCCCGCCAAGCGCACUACGUUAUCAGCAGUCAUGUCGGAUAAAUGGAUAAAUUUGGGUCACGACGAGGCCGACAAAUUGCGCCCGUUUCGGGAGAAGCCCAUGGAACUACAGGAUGCCCCUCGGUUCGAUUUAUUGGUGAGCAUGGGCCACAAGCGCCGGGAUGUGGAGCAGUCGGUAAAGGGGCAGCAGUUCGACGACAUAUACUGCACCUACAUGCUCCUGGGAGUGGCCAAGCCGCGAUCCUCUAACCGCAGCGCCAAACCGGAGGCUUUAGCGGCAGGAGCAGAUGUAACUUCUCCCUCAGUCAGCAGUCCGCUUACUAAUAUCACCACGCCUACUGUUACCAUAGCUCAAGUGACGCUGUCUAUGGACAAGAAUACGCCCACCCACACUGCUUCCGCUUCGAGUCGACCGAUAGCUCCUCGUUUGGCGAGUGCACCUAUAACACCCACUUCGACUCCACCCUCGGGACCGCCUGCCAAACCCACCCGUCGCACUCCAGGCAGGACACCAGCCCGUAAGGCAACCAACCAUUCGAGCGGCCUGGGACGACCGGAGCCAUCGAGUCUGCCGCACACGCCACAGUCCAAAAGAGCCAGUGCCAACAUGGAUGUGAAGCCCACGCUACUGAGUGCCCAGCGACAGUUGGCCCAGACCCAAAAGUUGGCCAGCACCCCGCCCCGAUUUCAAUACCCCACUACUCAGACUCCAAAUCAAGCCCAGGGAUCCAACAGAAGACCCACGACGCUCUACGAGAAGGCGGAGCCGGCAGUCACGCCCCUUUUGGUGCCCAAGUCGCCGGCCAUCGGCGGACGGCUGAUGGAACGGAUUCCAGCAGCGGGUGCCGUGGAAAAGGCUUCGGACAAACCCUUCACCCGACAAAAUGUGGCGCGGGCCACCUUUCAUUUCGGACAGGCGCGCAGUGGAAAGAGGGGUGGAGGAUCCGGAGGUGGACAAGGUGGGGAGGAGGACAGCUAUCAGACCCCACCCCUAUCCGCUGAUGACACCAAGCCCGCCUCGCGAGUGGGAUUCUUCUCCAAGCUGACCGCUCGUUUCGGUAGAAGGGUGAUUCACCUCAACGAGAAGGAUGUCACCGAGCAGCGCAAGAACCUCACCAAAUAGCCAGGUGUC